AGCUAAGGUUUAUUCUUUUGCCUGGUCUUCUAAAACGGAUGGACUGUCUGGAGCAUAAUUGAUCGCCCGAGAUGGUGGCUCCGCAUGAAAUAAAGAUGGAAGUGGCCGCACCUCCCCGCACCCGAGGAGUCCCUGCAAAAAAAGGAAGGACCGAAGUCGAAGUCGUCCAAUGUCCCCUUCCAUGUGGCGCCCCUUCCUUGCGCUUCAGUUCCAGUCUAGGGCAGGUAAGGCAAGGACAGACGAAAGAGUAGACCGAUCCCGCCACGCACAUCUCGCCAAUCUUGACAGAUUAGGUCGUUACCAACUUGAACAGUUCGAGAAAUUCGAUGGCAUCCAUCUUCGCUUUGCUGCUGUCAUUGUCGCACAGUUGUGAGCCGCGCGUAAAACAAACAAAUCAACCGGAGAGGUGGUGCGGCCUAUCCAAAAAUAUCACGUUGUUGGGUUUCGUAAAACAAAUCGGGAUUGCCAGUUGUUUCAAUACAAGCGAAGCAGCAUUGUUUAUCUGUCUGUCUGUCUGUCUGCCUGUCGAACCGCCCAUACACCUAUGCCAUGCAGUUCGAGGCUCUAGGCUCUUUGGACUCCCAAGCACGCUAGCUGGGGACGUGAAGUAUUUGCGACACUCGCUGUGUAAGGGCCUGCGAGGACCUUAGGGAACUUGCACUUGGCUGCAUCUCGCCAGCAACAAUCGUCAAUGUCGGUCCAAGUCUAGGUUACGCGACGCUCAUAGAUGUCGCCGUCUCUGCUGGUCGAAUUGCUAGGCGUCAAGUACAAA